AAGUAUUAGGCAUAUAGGAGAAUUUUAUGUGAAGUAGGGCAUAAUUUGUGACCCCCAACACCCAACAAAAGAAUUGAACAUAACUUCUCUCUUGUCUAGGGUUAUUUAUUAAUUAUACAAUCUCUUUUAAGAGAAAGCAUUAAUUAAGAAAAAUAAAUAAAUUAAGAGAAGCAUUAAUUAAUUACCUACGUCUUUUCAAUUAAAUUAAAUCACUUAAUUCAAGUUGGGUGGUUGAGUGACAGGUUAUAUAGACAUGAUUAAUUACGUAUAUAUGGAGUUGGCAAUUUGCAUGCAUGCACGUGGAAGAAGGACCUACAACGUUAAACUACACAAGGUGUGCUUGCCACCCCAACCAGAAUCAAUCCCAUGUGCCUUUUGUUAUUAUUAUUAAUUAUUUGACAUCUAAUUAAGAUUUAAUUACAAGAUUAUAUUUUUCCCUCGUGGGAUUAUUUUUGUCUGCAUCUUUAAUUUUCUCCAUAGCUAUCUUCUUCCUCCAUUGAUUAAUUAUUGCCUCAUAUAUCUUUCCAUUAUAUAUACACCAUUUCCAUUGCCUCAACUCCUUAAUCCUCUCACUCAAAACCUUAAAACCUUCAAAAUUUUUAAUUAAUUAAGCUUUAAUUAUGGUUGCUAAAUCACUUUCUCUUGCCACUUUUUCUUUCUUCAUUCUGAAUUUACUCCGGUUUCAUAGUGUUGAGGCUGAUUACGGAGGAUGGGAAAACGGUCACGCCACGUUUUACGGCGGUGGCGAUGCUUCGGGGACGAUGGGAGGAGCAUGUGGGUACGGGAAUUUGUACAGCCAAGGGUACGCGACCAACACGGCAGCGCUCAGCACGGCCCUAUUCAACAACGGGCUAACGUGCGGAGCGUGCUACGAAAUGCGGUGCGAAAACGACCCCAAGUGGUGCCUUUCCGGAACCAUCACCAUCACCGCCACCAAUUUCUGCCCACCAAACUUUGCUCUGCCUAACGACAACGGUGGGUGGUGCAAUCCUCCCCUCCAGCAUUUCGACAUGGCCGAGCCCGCUUUCCUUCAAAUCGCUCAAUACCGGGCCGGCAUCGUGCCCGUUGCUUUUCGAAGGGUGCCAUGUAUGAAGAAAGGUGGGAUUAGGUUCACGAUCAACGGCCACUCGUACUUCAACUUGGUUUUGAUCACCAACGUCGGAGGCGCAGGAGAUAUCCAUGCACUCUCGAUCAAAGGGUCCAAAACCGGCUGGCAACCGAUGUCGAGGAAUUGGGGCCAAAAUUGGCAGAGCAAUUCGUACCUCAACGGUCAAAGCCUCUCCUUUCAGGUCACCGCCAGUGACGGUAGAACCAUCACUAGCUAUGACGUGGCGCCCUCUAAUUGGCAGUUCGGUCAAACCUACGAGGGGGGUCAAUUCUAAAAGAUCAUAUUUAUACAUACUUUGAAUUAAAAAGAUUCGAGACGAAUGAAAUUGUUUAAUUAAACAAAAAUACAUACCAUUUCUCUUAAAAUGUACGAAUGUACGUAUGUACGUAUAUGUAUGUAUGUAUUUAUGUAUGUAUGUAUGCAUGCAUGCUAAGUUUUUUGGGCAUGGUAAGUAAUUUGUUAGGGUUAUAGAAAGUGUUGAAGUGGUGGCUAAUGGCUGCUUACACCGGCCGCUUGGCCUUAUAUAUUUACCGGAUUAAUAAUAUUGAAGAGAUUAAUUAACAUCUU